UGUAAUCCGUACAACACAAUACACUAACCGCCUUAUCAGCGCGCGGAUCCAUGUGCUCCUUCAUCACAUGUACAUACUUCCACCCUAUUACAUGUUUGUUGGUAUUUCAACACAUUAGCAAUUGCAGUAUCCAAAUGGGCUGCGCAUAGUUAAUUUCAGCUGGCCGCGACUCCAAAUCUUCAUUCAGUGGGCAUUUGAUGAUCGCGACAUGAUGCGGCUUCAUCUCUAUAUCCUCUUCAUAGGAGUCUUCGUCUCCUACGUCGCCGCCGCAUCCGCGCCGACAUUCUGUAAAUGCACCUGUUUCAAGAAUAGCACUUUAAUACAGCUCGGUCCGCAAGGCGAUUCUUCCUUCGGCAACCCCGAACACCCUGCGUCCCAGCGCCUCCGAAAGCGCGCCGCCUCGGCCUCCUGCACCCAAUGCACCCGAGCUUUCUGCCUUUCGCAGCAUCUCCCCAUCUGCAAGGAUGCCGAGGAAACUGACGUCCUCACCACCUGCUUUCAGCGCGACAGCCGUAAGGACCAAAUCAUCGUAUGGGGUUUCAUCCUAGGUACUACGAGCUUGCUGGGAUGGGCGGCUGCUAAAAGAGUUGUCGAACUGCGCGAAGGGAAGAAAGCUGCCGCCCUAGGAUUAGGCAGCUCCGGCAUAGGAGGCAGAGGGCGAGAUUCCGCCCAGGAUAGGGGCAUAUAUAUGCCAGUAGGCAAUCAUGAUACACAGCGACUAAAUAGGUGAAAGACAACCGUCGUCGAUAUAACGGAAUGGGUGGGGAAGGGGGAGUUCUUGGUCCAAAAUAUUGAGAUUGCGGCGUUGCGAAUGGCGUUGCGAAUGGCGUUUAGGGCAGUUCUAGAAGAGCCAUACGGAGAUAAUGAUUGUGUUCUGUUACUGACUACAUUGGGUCUAAUUUACAACCAUUGGCGUACAUGUUGAAGCUCUCGCCAUACUGCAAGCUCAGUAUGAUCUAUCUACUGAGCACUAAAAAACCAAG